UUUUUUUAUUACUUUUUCUUAUAUUUUUUAUUACAUUGUUUUUAAGUUCCAAAAAACCAUGUUUUAACACGAACGUGCACUUGCUUUAAUAGUCAAUACAGAUAUGCAACGACAGAGACCUAGUCCACCUCCGAAUAGUAACCAAAUCUCUGCUAUGGAUGCACUUAGUUUGGCGUCAUCGUCUUUCUCCUCAUCUCAUCCGCAAGGCCCUUACUCUCAGGUCAUGUCCGCCACUAAUAAUCAGACAAACUACGGCCAUCCAGUCAUGCUCCCCCAUCCUCUGGUAGAACACUAUCAACAUCAACAGCAACAGCAACCGCACCCUCAUCCUCCACCUCCACCCCCGUCCAUCCAAAAUCAGUAUUCAACACCACCCAAUGACAACCGUAAAAUUUAUGCCUGCCAGCAACCCGGCUGCAACAAAUACUUCAAUCAACCAUCAAGUCUGCGAUUACACGCAAGGACGAACCAUGGAUCUGAAAAAUUACCCACCACUUCCGCUCGAUCACAAAACGGUGGUGGCCGUCCCUAUAUAUGUCAAUACGCCGGAUGCGGAAAGUCCUUUACACAAUUCGGCAAUCUCAAAACACAUUCGAGAAAACAUACUGGUGAAAGACCUUAUCAGUGUUCAUAUGAAGGAUGUGAGAAAGCGUUUACACAACUGGGCAAUCUCAAAACACAUGAAAAAAUCCAUUGGGCUGUAAAACCUUAUUUGUGCCAUUUCCCAGGUUGUGGUAAAGGUUUCACACAGCGGGGUAAUCUCAAGACCCAUCAAAUCAAGGUGCAUCAAUACGAACCAUAAAAAUAUUAAAACGCCCGUAGCAAAUUAACCACGAAUUUAACGACGUAAUGAACAUUUUGGAUAUACCUACUUAACCUACUGCACACCAUGCUAAGCAACAACAAGAUGCCCUCACUUAGUGCUGGACACUCCCUUUUCUCCCAUUUGAUAAUACAGCGCAAGGUGGUUCUUUUUCUCUCUUUUUUUAUACAUAUUUCAUUUCUAUUUUUCUUUUCGUUUCUCAUUCUCUUUCGUCGUGCAUCAUUGGUCUUUUGAGGAAGUGUUCACAAAACCCAAGUAAAAAAAAACC